AUGGGCGGCCAACUGUCCAAGAUGAUGGGCAAGAUCUUCGGAUCCAAGGAGAUGCGCCUCCUCAUGCUCGGUCUCGACGCUGCGGGCAAGACGACCAUCCUCUACAAGCUGAAGCUCGGCCAGGACGUCACCACCAUCCCCACCGUCGGCUUCAACGUCGAGACCGUCACCUACAAGAACGUCAAGUUUAACGUCUGGGACGUCGGCGGCCAGGACAAGAUUCGGCCUCUGUGGAGGCACUAUUUCAGCGGUACCCAGGGUCUGAUCUUCGUCAUCGACUCAUCCGACCGCGCGCGCAUCGAGGAGGCCAGGUCCGAGCUGCACCGCAUCAUCAACGACCGCGAGAUGAAGGACAGUCUUCUGCUCGUGUUUGCCAACAAGCAGGAUAUCAACGAUGCCAUGAAACCCCAAGAAGUCACCGAGGCGCUGCAGCUCUCCAAGCUCAAGGACAAGGUCUGGUACGUCGUGCCCAGCUGCGCCACCACCGGCGAGGGUCUGCUCGAGGGCCUCGCGUGGCUGUCGAACAAUGUCAAGGCCCCGUCUACGCCUGCGAAGAAAUAA